CUGGGUGCAAGGAGAGAGUGGGGAAGUCGGAUUCUACUUGCCCCAAAACACACAUAUUUCUCUGAACCCAAUGCAAAGAAUUCAGCGCUGUGAGAUGCAGAUACCAACAAAUGUGACAGCAGUGAAAAGUGAGAGUGGACACCAGUGUACAACUACCCAUCUCAGGUGUACAAAGCAAAGACCCACCUUAACUAGCAAACAUGGAUCUCACUGUGAUGAAGACGAUUAUACACAUUGCUAUGGGUAUCUUAUCAACUUCCUUUCUCACAAAGUAUCAUGUGCUGCCUUCACUCAUAUUCAGAUUCAUGAUGUGGUGCAAACGUCAGAAAAGGGGUGUAAAAGUGGAAUACAUUGAUCACGAGGGCUAUAGAUUUAGUUACUUCUCCCGAGGGAAGCCUGGAUCUCGGCCAUCCAUUCUGAUGCUGCAUGGGUUCUCACUCAACAAAGACAUAUGGUUAAAUACAAUCAAACUCUUUCCUCAGGACCUCCACUUGGUUUGCCUUGACAUGCCUGGUCAUGGCAAAACCACUCGUUUGCUGGGAGAAAGUUACACAGCGGCGGCUCAGGCUGAAAGGAUACACCAGUUUGUUGAGGGCACUGGCCUGAACAAAAAGCCAUUCCACCUUGUUGGCAUGUCCAUGGGCGGAAUGGUUGCUGGCGUUUAUGCUGCUCAGUAUCCAUCAGAGAUUUGCUGCUUGUCCCUCCUUUGUCCAGCUGGUCUAAAGUAUCCAACAGAAAACCAGUUCUUCAAGCAUUUAAAAGAGCUGGUUCAGUCCAAGAACCCCGACAACACUACUCUUGUUCCAGUGAAUGAAAAGCAGGGGAAAUACUUACUCAAACUUUGCUUGCAUCGUCCCAACAUAGUAAAUACACAGAUCCUGAAGGGCUAUCUUGAUGAUCGGAGCCCACAUAAGAUGUUUUUCAUAACAUGUUUCUUAGACAUCUCCAGUGCACAGUCCAGAUACAGCCUUCAUGACAACAUGAACAAGAUCAAGGCACCAACACAGAUCAUUUGGGGACGGGAUGACAAGGUCUUUGAUUCUUCCGGAGCAGAAGUUUUGGCAACAGUAAUUCGCAACUCCCAAGUGCAUAUGCUGGAGAAAUGUGGACACUUCAUAUCACUAGAGAGACCCAAGAAAUCUGCAAAACUCAUCUUGGAAUUCUACAAUACAGUUUGUGACAAAGCAGAGAGUAAAAAGGUGGCAUAACCCUUGCUAAGGAGUCCAGCAGUUGGAGUAUUUAAAGGGACUUUCUACUCUUGAACGAAAAACAUGGAAAUGAUAUUGUAGAUGUCUGUGUGGCU